UUAAAAGUAAACUUCAUCGCGGAAGAUUUUUAAAUGGGACGAGGAAAGUUAAUUAUAUUCAAUUUUUCCACUUUUGCGGGUGGUUGUAAUAAUUUACCGGAAUCGGUAAAUGAAAUUCAUACUCUACAAAGUACUUUUCAUCGUUUUAAUGCUAGCGUUAGAGAUUAUUACAGAGAUUUGAGUAGGAAUCAACUAUUCGAAAUUCUACAUGAGUUGAAUAAAAGGGAUUUUCGAAAAUAUUCGUAUUUCGUUCUUGCCAUUAGUAGUCAUGGAGGUCGAGGUGGUUCAAUAGUUACUUCCGAUGGUAAAGAUAUAAGUAUGUAUGAUCAUGUUAUGUUACCAUUUAUAGGUAACAGGUAUUUAAGUGAAAUACCAAAGCUAUUUAUUGUCGAUACAUGUAAAUCGGGAUUUUAUGCAGAACGUAUUUCUGCGUCAACACCAUUUGAUAGAAAUGUAAUACCAAAACGUUUAUUGAUCUGUUAUGCAACUUCCGAAAUGGGUGUAGCUCACGGUAGUAUUUUUACUGAUACAUUUUGUCAUUAUAUAAGAGAAUAUGGGGAUUCAUAUUCAGUGCAACAAAUUAUGCAAAGAACAAUUGAUUCUGUUCGGAGGGCAACAGGAAAUAAACAAAUUCCUAUCAUGGAAGAUUUCAUGAGAAGACAUUUGGUUUUAGGAAAACUAAAAUAAUAUUUGAUGCUUUCAUAUUUUAAUAUUUUAAUUAAUUGUUAAAUGUUUAUCAAUGUUUUUAAAAAUGUUGUUUAGUGAGUUCAAA